GGGGGGUUUUGGCUGACAGCGGCCGGUCGGGGUCGGGGCCCGAGGGGGCCGGGCGCGGGGGCCCGCGGGCGGCAUGAUGGAGGAGGAGGAGCUGGAGUUCGUGGAGGAGCUGGAAGCCGUGCUGCAGCUCACGCCCGAGGUGCAGCUGGCCAUCGAGCAGGUAUUUCCAAGCCAGGAUCCUCUCGAUCGAGCAGAUUUCAAUGCUGUGGAGUACAUCAAUACUCUCUUCCCAACAGAGCAAUCUCUGGCAAACAUAGAUGAAGUUGUGAACAAAAUUAGACUAAAAAUAAGGAGACUGGAUGACAAUAUUCGGACAGUUGUAAGAGGCCAAACAAAUGUGGGGCAGGAUGGCAGGCAAGCUCUUGAAGAGGCACAGAAAGCUAUUCAGCAGCUCUUUGGCAAAAUCAAAGAUAUCAAAGACAAAGCAGAAAAAUCAGAGCAAAUGGUCAAGGAAAUCACCCGUGAUAUCAAGCAGUUAGAUCACGCCAAACGCCACCUGACCACCUCCAUCACGACGCUGAAUCACCUGCACAUGCUGGCCGGCGGCGUCGACUCCCUCGAAGCCAUGACCAGGAGAAGGCAGUAUGGAGAAGUUGCCAAUCUUCUUGAGGGCGUAAUGAACGUCCUGGAACAUUUCCAUAAGUACAUGGGGAUUCCACAGAUCCGGCAGCUUUCUGAAAGAGUGAAGGUUGCCCAGACUGAGUUAGGACAGCAGAUCCUGGCUGAUUUUGAAGAAGCAUUUCCUUCCCAGGGGACCAAGAGGCCAGGAGGACCCAGCAAUGUCCUGCGAGAUGCGUGCCUGGUUGCGAACAUUCUGGACCCCCGAAUCAAACAGGAGAUCAUCAAAAAGUUCAUAAAACAGCAUCUGUCAGAGUAUUUGGUACUUUUUCAAGAAAAUCAAGAUGUUGCCUGGCUGGACAAAAUAGACAGACGCUACGCCUGGAUCAAACGCCAGCUUGUGGACUAUGAGGAGAAAUAUGGCCGAAUGUUCCCAUGUGAGUGGUACAUGACCGAGAGGAUUGCAGUCGAAUUUUGCCAUGUCACAAGGACAGAACUUGCCAAGAUUAUGCGUGCCAGAGCUAAGGAAAUUGAAGUGAAAUUGCUUCUUUUUGCUAUUCAGAGAACAACGAACUUUGAGGGAUUUCUUGCAAAAAGCUUUUCCGGCUGCACCCUGACAGAUGGAACCCUGAAGAAACUCGAUUCUCCAGCGCCAGCCCCCAAUCCCUUCCUGGAUGAGGAGCCAGCCCCGGAGAUGGAGGAGAUGGUGGACAAGGGCGACUCUGACCAACCAAAGAAGCCUAAGGCACCAGACAAUCCGUUUCAUGGCAUCGUUUCCAAGUGCUUUGAGCCACAUCUCUAUGUGUAUAUUGAAUCCCAGGACAAGAAUCUUGGGGAGCUGAUCGAUCGGUUUGUGACUGACUUCAAAGCCCAGGGGCCCCCGAAGCCCAGCACGGAGGAAGGGGGUGCGGUGCUCCCCAGCUGCGCCGACCUCUUCGUCUACUACAAGAAGUGCAUGGUGCAGUGCUCGCAGCUCAGCACAGGGGAGCCCAUGAUCGCCCUGACCACCAUUUUCCAGAAGUACCUCCGAGAAUACGCCUGGAAAAUUCUCUCCGGCAGCCUGCCCAAGACCACGAGCAGCAGUGGCGGGCUGACCAUCAGCAGCCUCCUGAAGGAGAAGGAGGGCUCGGAGGUGGCCAAGUUCACACUGGAGGAGCUGUGCCUCAUCUGCAGCAUCCUGAGCACAGCCGAGUACUGCCUGGCCACCACCCAGCAGCUUGAAGAGAAACUCAAGGAAAAAGUGGACGUCAGUCUGAUUGAACGGAUCAAUCUGACCGGAGAAAUGGACACAUUCAGCACUGUCAUCUCCAGCAGCAUCCAGCUGUUGGUUCAGGACCUGGACGCUGCCUGCGACCCUGCGCUGACGGCCAUGAGCAAGAUGCAGUGGCAGAACGUGGAGCACGUAGGUGACCAGAGCCCCUAUGUCACCUCCGUCAUUCUUCACAUUAAGCAGAACGUCCCCAUCAUCCGUGACAACCUGGCCUCCACGCGGAAAUACUUCACUCAGUUCUGCAUUAAGUUUGCAAACUCCUUCAUUCCCAAGUUCAUCACCCAUCUCUUCAAGUGCAAGCCCAUUAGCAUGGUGGGAGCAGAACAGCUGCUGCUGGACACCCAUUCCCUGAAGGUGGUCCUGCUCGACCUCCCCUCCAUUGGCUCGCAGGUGGUGAGGAAGGCCCCCGCCAGCUACACGAAGAUUGUGGUGAAAGGCAUGACCCGGGCGGAGAUGAUCCUCAAGGUGGUGAUGGCCCCGCAUGAGCCCCUGGAGUUAUUCGUGGACAACUAUAUCAAACUCCUUACGGACUAUAACACAGAGACCUUCCAGAAGAUUCUGGACAUGAAGGGCCUGAAGCGCAGCGAGCAGAGCAGCAUGCUGGAGCUCUUCCGCCAGCGGCUCCCCGCGCCGCCCUCGGGGCCCGACGGCUCUGGCUCGCUGUCCCUGCUGACCCCCACGCCCGAGCAGGAGUCCUCACGCAUCCGCAAGCUCGAGAAGCUGAUCAAAAAGAGACUGUAGGAAAGGACCCGGACACCGCCCCUCCCGCACCCCAAAACCCUCUGUGCCCGCCCCCCAGGUCUCAAGCGGUCAGUAUUGAGACUUGCCCUGCUGGUGUGUCUCUCCCAUCCUCUGUCUUCUGUCCCCGUCCCGAGCCCGGAAGUGAGUGAGGCUGAAGGGGGGGGUGGCCCGGAGACAGGGCUGGGCCCCGCGGCUGGGCUGGGCUCCUUCGUCCCCCCUGCCACCCUCCCCAAGUGUCCCCACACCGUGUGGCCCUGUUUCCUCCGAGGCACUGCCCGGCCCGGCUGCCCCCUCCUUUGUCUGCUCUCCCUGGGCUCCCACUGUCUCAGGAAGCAGCGUGUGCAGGUGCAGAAUAGGGGCGGGGCAGGGGCUUUCUGCACCCAGGAAGUGCCCCCCAGGAUGACAGCCUCUGGGCAGGGGGGCUCCUGCACACACUCCUACAGCGGCCCGACUUCCAGGGCACACAUUCUGUUUCUGGUGCUUUCUACAAUGUGGCAGUGAGUUGUCCCAGUGUUCCCCCGUGUCUCAGAAACCCAGGGCUUCCCUCUGUCUGGCCCGAGGUCCCCGUGUGCAGUCCCCACUGCGGGGGGGCUCCCGGCCGGGUGGGAGAGAGCUCUGCCUGCACCCUCACACACACGCACUACAGACAGAUGGUCUCUCCGGGUCUGCGCUCCCACUCGGCACCACAGGAAAAAAAACCCAAAGCCCGACCUCUGACCCCCCUCCUCCCCGUUCCCAUCAUAUCCAGAGCCCUUCCCAGAAGCCCCGGAUACAAGGCGGUGUUUGGUGACUGGGAUGCUGAGCCUGGCACCACCCUGGCACACCCUGGCCAGGCCUGCGUUCCUUUGAGGGGACAGCCUCUCAGCUCUGCCUCGCGCGUCCUGCAGCUCGAGAGACUGCUUCUCCCCUGGCCGCCCUGACUCACCUGGUUUCCUGGCCAUGAAGCCUCAGUCACCCACAACCAGGCCGGAGAGAACAGUACUCGUGUGCACAUUUGUUCCCGAGCCAUGAACAGUUGGUUGGCACAGAUGCCGUUGAGAGGAAGGGGGGGCUUCCGGAGACUGCCACAGGCCUGGGAUGACCAAGGAGCACUCACAAGCGAGUUUCCAGGAGCUGGGGGAGCUCAGAGGGCCAGAGUGCAGCCCCAGCACCUGCAGGGCCCCUGGCUCGGUCCCAAGCCUGCCCCGGAGAAGACGAAACACUUCAGAACAGAGAAUUUUUUCUGGAAAUCCACAGAAACUUGAGACAGCCGUAUAGCAGAUUUUAAAGACUUGCCCCCAACCCCACUGCCUGCCUUCUUGUUUUUCCAGUCUGGCCUCUCUGCUGUGCGCGCCUUCCCUGCCCAGCCUCCUUUCUUCAUUGGUCUCCAGCCUCUUCUUUCUGGCUGGCACGACAGGCAGGCAUGGAGCCUCUCCAGCCGCCAGCCCUGGAGCAGAGUCAGGGGUGGGGCAGUGCGUGUGGCUCUAGCAGAGAUCCUGGAGGAGAGGCUUGUGCAUGAGACACCUGGGGGCGGGGGCGGUGGGAAGGAUGAACAAGCACCGGCCACCCGCAGCGGGGGCUCUGGUGAAGCCGCGCCAUCCGCACUGAUUGAGGUUAACGCUGCUCGUGAGCGAGGGCGCCGCGGGCCCACCUCCACUCUGAGCAGCCACUUCAGCCAUCUGUCAUCAGCCGGGGAAGCCGGGGGGCUCCUGCACCUGGUUCUUGUCACUCUCGGUGUUUACAGAUCCACACUUGGCUCUCGGCUCCUUCACGAGGAGUCAUUUGCUAGCCGUCUCCGUAAUGGCAUUGAGACGUCAAACUGCUGUUUCCCUCCCACCGGUUGGUGGUCACAGCCAGGGAAUUUUCAUUCUUGAUUUAUUACAUUGUCAGUAAUCUCCAAGGGGCCAACAGCUGUCAGUAGGAGUUAUGUUCAGUGUCUCGUUGACGGGUCUGCGAGCCGUGCGCGCGUCCUGCGAAGAUAGAGCAUGGUUCUCGGUGGGUAGGGUGGGGGGCGCGUCAGAACCCACCCGGGUCUGCUGAAGGACAGGGAUGCCCGGAGGGGCCAAGCCAGUGAGCCACGAGGCCCAGCACACCUGUAGGCGUGGUCCACGGGUGACGGUCACAUUUACACCUCCAUUAAGAGCCUUGCAAUAGAAUUUUUCUUUCCUAAAGGAUUGGUUACUGUAGCACAUCUUCAGAGAGAGAGAGAGAGGGUGUGUGGUUGGGAUUUGGGGUUUCUUUUUCUCCUUUCUAUAAUUUCUGACUUUCCAAGUGGGUGUCGUGACUAUUGAGGUGAGCUGGUGCCUCCAGUGUAGACCCUUUGCUGAUCGCCAGCAGCUUUCAUUUUGAAUGCGGGUCGAUGGGUGCAACUGUGUCAGAAACUCUGAUACUCCCAAGCCGACCAUCUCCAGUUUCGAUGACCAAGCCCCAAACACAAGACUCAUGGAUUGUUGUUAUUUCAAAAGAACGGAAUCGGGAGCACUCACUGAUCAGAACAGCCCCAGCCUUGUUGUCAUACUGAAUUUCAGAUGUUGUACUACCAUUCCUUCCCCCUAAUACUUUCUCUAGCUCUUUAAAAAUAAUAAUAAAAUAAAAUUUGAGAGCUAGGAGAAAUGCCAAAGGCAGUGAGGCACUUAACCUUGCACAUAGCCAGCCCAGUUUGAUCCUGGCUACCUCAUACGGUUCCCCAAGCCCUGCCAGGAGUGAUUCCCUGAGCACACCGGGGUAUGUGAUUCUUCUCCCCUCACCCUCGCCAUGGCUAAAAUAAAUAUUGGUAAUUUAUAAUUGAUAAAAAAUUGAACACCUGCUGCUGCUAAUAUGGUCACACUUCCUAAUGGCUGGCUUAGAGGUGCCAGGCGGGAGAAAGUUCUGGUUCCGUCCUAAGGGCAAAACGCGCAGCUCACACUGUGACUUCCAAGUUCAGCUGCCGAACGAACGAGAGUUCAGUGUUGCCGCUGCUCCCUCCCCAAGAACCAGCGUGGCUGCAGGGAAGGGUGCACAGGCCAGAGGACCCGCUGCCAGGGCUGCCAGUGUGGCAGGAGCAGGCUCAGCCUCGAGGUGACAGCCUGCCCGGUGCCCCACUAGACAAGCCCAUUCCUGGCUUAGCACGCCCCGGGAAAGGCCAGAAGUUCACGGCUGGAACUGCGCUCUCUCCCUCCCGGGGAGACGCAUCUUCACAGUGACUUCACAGCCUUGCCCGGGUAGAGGCAAAUGUUUCACACUUCUCGGCUCCCAAGUCCAGUUCCUAAAAAUAAGACCUUUAGAACUGCAUGGGGCCAUUUAAACAAUAGCCUUGGAAACUCGGGGAACGAAAAGUUGGCGUGGUUGCAUUUCAUACAGUAUAUAGAAUUUUCCAGUCUCCUAACAUAUAUCAAAGUAGAUAGCCUCUUGGACCCUCAGCGUUCUGUGCCUUUGGGAGAGAUAAAUUUCCUUAAAGGGAUUGCCUCUUUUGUGUAGAUAUCUUUCAUUUUCCCCAUCUGGAAGCGAUUUUGUGGUGCAUAUUGGAGCAUAAAAUAUUACAGUUAAUUAAAGCAUUACUGGCUGUCA